AUGGAAUUCCGCCAGCAAUUUGCAGUCCAGCAACAGCAGGUUGUCGCUCAUGACUCCACAGCAGCGGACCACUUCGACGAAACCCAACCAAACGCUGCACCUAACUGGAUAACAAGCUUGGAAGAGGAGCUAGACAAGAAAGUACUGGUCAUUUUGCGCGAUGGCAAGAACCUAAUUGGUAUAUUGAGGUCAUUCGAUCAAUAUGGCAACUUGAUGCUGGAAGGCUGUGUCCAACGAAUUAUUGUCAAUACGUUUUACAAUGAUAUAUACCAGGGAGUUAUGAUCAUUAGGGGGGAAAACAUACUGCUUUUCGGAGCCGUAGACGAGUCGAAGCCUAGCCCACUCGAGUCCCGACCUCUGUGGGAGAUCCUGCAGAUGCAUGAGGAACAGGAACAACGUGAGAGCAAGAGACGGCGAAACCUGCGGCAUUUGGGUGAUUUCCUCUAUGGUUAUGAUCUACCAGAUGAGUGA